ACGCACUAGAUCUAGCUGACAGGUAAGGCUAAAGGAGCCGAGGAAGUUAGGAAUAUGAUAGUUAAGGAAUUUAUUUGUCUACUGCAAGUUUCCUGUGUCGCCAGAACCCCUGUUUCAUGCGUCCAGGUAGGUUAAAUGGUCUCGUUUCAAUUUUGGGGAACACAGUCAAAGGUCCGAAAUUUUGUGCAUCACCUUUCAUCCCGAGAACCAGGAAAACGCAAGAAACAAUGCAGAAAAGCGAGCCAAUGCCAAAGCCGAAACCCGGUUUUAUCUGUCAUGUUUAUAGACAGCUCCUAGAGCAAUAACAAGCCCCAGUUGGGAACCAUGGAUCGCGCACCAGAUUCCACGGUUCAUGUGCCGACAAGCGAGCCAUACUUUCGCUGCCAGGGACAAGUACCCCAUCCAGUACCUAGCAGAGCUCUGUGACCGUCAAUCCUCGCACAAACUGUCCGCAGGGACGUUGUUGAUCGGUCCUGGGUUUUGGGGAAAUCUGCAAGAUAAUGUCCGAGGAUUGGGGGCAAGAGGGGGAAAGGCGUGCUGCAGUGCAGCCAGCAAGUCCCAGGAUUUAAAUAACCGUUUGAGGCUGCGACCGUUGCUGAAUCCAUCACGGUGCCUCCCCGAGUGUCUCAAACUUCCCGCAGUCUGGGGCCGUCGACUUCAAGACGGCCCCAAUAAUAUCUUAUCGUCAGUACCGUCGAAGACGGUUGACCACGGCAACAGGUUUCAUCCUCCAGGAAUAAUCAGGACAGUCCCGGGUUUCUGCCUCAUAUCAAAACCCACAAUGAAGCGGCUGAGAUCACGCGAACGAAAUGCUCCCUUGUCAUCACUGAUAACGAGUGCGACAUCUCCAUUAACCUGGAGCCGUUGGCCUCCACAGUAUGGAGCAAGAAACGCGAGGUAGCGGUUCUGGUAUUCGAAACUUGGCUGGUACUGACUCAUGUAUGGUGAAAUCAAACCACCGCAUGGGUUGAGGAACAAUGUGUCAAAGCUUCGAACCAGUGUUCGAAUGAAACAGCCGCAAAGCUUUUAGCU